UUCAAUAUUCCGCAGCAGGAGAAAAAUCAGGCUUGUGUGCUGCUGCUCCUCUGCGCCGCCGGUCCUCACUUUUAUUUCCUCCCCGUCAUUCUGGAGAACAUCAAACACAGAAAUCAGAAGAUAACGGUGCCGGCGUGCAGGAGAAAACCCACCGGAGGUGAGAGGGGGGUGUUAACAAGACAGUAGUUGGAACAGAGAAAGAUCUAGAAUAAAAAAAAAUAAAUAGAUUUAGAGUCACGUUUUCAAGAUGGCAGACGCCGAACAAGUUUCCUCCACAACUCCAAACGUGGAAGGAGAAGAUGAGAUGAAGCCAUGGAGAGAGUCAGGUUUCAGUGAGCACACAGCUCAGGAUGAAAAUGUAGGUAUAUUUGGUGGAGAACGUUAUGUCCAGGAGGUUCGAGUCCAGAAAGCUGACGUGGAAGGUGCAGAAGAAGAAGAGGAAGAAGAAGAGGAAGAAGAAGAGGAAGAAGAAUGGAGAAGACGACAGGAGAUGGAUGUGCACACCCCCGAGAACAAAGCCGAGACUGAAUGUCUGGAGAAAUCUGUUGAUUGGAUUUCUCGACCUGUGGAGUUUGAAAGCCCUGAGGAACCUGACAGCACUCAGAUGCUGGAUAAAAUUCCAGCAGUGCACGAAGAACCAGCAGAAGAACCCAUAAACCUGGUGGAUCUCAAAGAGGUGCACGAGGAUCCUUUUACGUUCAUACAACCUGUACACGCGAUCGAAGAUCAGGACCUUUCAUCUGCAGCACAUCAUCCAGAAGAGAUCCACCACCCCAGGAGCACCAGUCCUCCAGAGGAGAUCGCGUUCAAAUCCGAGUUUGGGGUAAAAGAUCAGGACUUUGGAUUCGGUGUAAAAGAGGAGAUCUUUGAAGCUCCGGUUGAGCUUCAGAAAGAUUUAAGAUCAGAGCUUGAGGAGAAAAAAGAAGAGGUGAGGUGGAACCCGGUGGUGGAGAACGUCGGAAUCGACUCCGAGUCGACUCCCGCAGUCUCUGCGUCUCCAUCAUCCCAUGAACCCAGUCUUCCUUCCUCUACUGCUGCCGCUGCUUCUUUUCCAACUCUGACGCAUUUCACUUCAGAACACGAGGAUCCUUCACUAAUAGCGAACACGCAGCCCAGCUUUAAAGCGACCAUGGAUCUGUUUGGCGACGGUUCACCUUCCAGAAGCGUGCCCAGAUACGACCAGGACGUCUUAACCCAGUCUGAUGAGGACUUGAUGUUCGAAACGAAAAGGAACCCUUUCCAAGACUUCUCGCCUGUCGAGAAACUCGACCCUUUCGGAGAAACCACAGCGGACAUCAGAGCGGCGAAGAUGUCCGAUAGUCCAUCUCCGGAUCUGGUCCAGAAUGCCCAUGAUGGAGAUGUGCAGGUCAAUUCACCCGUGCAGGACUACGAGCAGUCUUUUGAUUCCAGAGAAGAGGCAACAGAGUCGCUGAGGCAACAACUUGCUUCCUCUGACUUUUUCGGCACCCCGAAAGACACGGAGGAAUCCGGUUUGCCGCCGUCUCUCCCGGAUAUUUUGAAGUCGUCGCCACGCAAACAGGAGAAAUUAGACUCGGGAUCUUCAGAGGGAAGUCCCGAUUUCAGUCCAGUCCACAGAAGUGCUAAUGAUUCGCCCAAUGCUCCGUUCUCGCUGUCGACAAACAACCCAUUUGCUUUCGAAGCCAAGGUCCCUUUGGUUAAGGAGAUGACCGAGGAAACUGAGGCGAGGGCUGCAGAACGGGCAAAAAUCGAAGAAGAAGAUGAAGCAGCAGCAGCAGAAGAAGAAAAGGCCUCUGAGCAAAUGUUUGGUACAUUUGAUCUCGUGAAGGAGGCUGAAAUUUCUCCGAAACCUGCCGAAUCUGCAACAGAAGACCAAGACGACUUUAAGACUUUGAGCCAAGAUUCUGCUCAGAUGGCUGACAAGUUUGAAUGUCUCAGUUUCCCAGCUGUCAAAGCCCAAGAGCACUCCGACUCCGAAAGCCCCUCCGCAGACUCGCUCUCUCCCGUCUUGGAGGCCAUGGCAAAGGACCCGUCGAGUUUCCAAAUUGAACCCGAGCACAAUGUGCUCCAGGAGGAAGUGGAAGAAGCGGAGGAAGCAGAGGCUGCGGACGAGAUCUCCGAACAAGAGGCGUCGUCCGAAGAGUUCGAGUUUGUCGAGAAACCGCCCCGGGGUGCCGUGGACGAGUUUCUGGAGACCCUGGAAAACUCGAAGUUCGCCAAGGCCGGAGAAACAGUUGACUAUUUUGAAGACGCGGGCAAAUUUUCAGAAAUUGCAGAGGCGAGCCCGGUUGAACAAGAAACAAAGGAUCAUGCGUACUUCCUCCUCACCGAGCCGGCGAGCGAGGCCUCUCCGGCGAGAGGUAAGGCAGGCCUGGAAUUGUCUGAUUUCCAUGUGCCCUCCCCGGCUCCUUCGGCACCUAGUCCUGUGGUCAAAACCGAGACGGUGGCUGUGAAGAAAGCGGACCCUAAAGACCUCAAGCUGCCGAACCUAAAUGCAGGAGCAGUGGUGGAGCUGCUCUACUGGCGCGACGUGAAGAACUCAGGCAUCGUGUUCGGCGCGUGUCUCCUGCUCCUGCUGUCGCUCAGCGUGUGCAGCAUCAUCAGCGUGCUGUCCUACGUGGCCCUGGCGCUCCUCUCCGUCACCAUCAGCUUCAGGAUAUACAAGGGGGUGCUGCAGGCCGUCCAGAAGAGCGACGAAGGACAUCCGUUUAAGCUGUACCUGGAACAGGAGGUCUCUCUGCCCGAUGAAGUGGUCCGCAAAUACAGCGACACAGCCCUCGGCCGGAUCAACACCGCCAUCAACGAGCUGCGCCGCCUCUUCCUGGUCGAGGACCUCGUCGAUUCCCUGAAGUUUGCUGUGCUCAUGUGGAUCCUGACGUAUGUUGGUGCCUUGUUCAAUGGACUCACACUUCUGAUUCUGGGUCUUGUUGCGAUGUUCACCUGCCCAGUAGUGUAUGAAAAACAUCAGGUGCAGAUUGAUCAUUACAUCACCCUGGUGAGGAACCAGGUCUCAGAUAUCGUUGGAAAGAUCCAGUCUAAAAUCCCCGGGGCGAAGAAGAAGGCGGAGUGAAGGUGAAAGGCGUUGGGUUUGGGAGGAUCGGGGUUCUCCUCGCCCCGUCUUCACCACGUUCCCACACAAAAUCUCUCCACUUCACAAACCUUCACACCCAGUGGAUCACCUGCUCGUCCUCCCCGCCGCCUUCUUUCUCUCUUUCUCUCUUUCUCUCUUCAUAACCAGUGGCUACGAUGAAGUACCGUUGUUUUGAGCCACUACUUAUUUAUCUCGACACACCGACUGGUCCGAUACGACAAAACUCGUGUUUCCUGACCGAGAGAUUCUAGUGUUCAUUAACUGGGUUUGUCCUCUUCAUCAUCAUCAUCUUCAUCAUCUAGGUCCUUAUGUGCACCACAAUUAAUUCAUUCACAUUUUUUAAUUUGAGGAAGACUUCAACAGUACCGUGUUUUUUUGUUUUUGUUUUUUUUGGUACCUGUCUAUAUAUAUAUUUUUCUUUCAUUCAGAGUGUAUGAUUUAGCGUUCCUGUGAUUCUACUGUUUUAUCGACGAACUGUGUAGAAACCUUUCUCUCACACACACACACACACACACAACCUUUUCGCUCUCUUCAAGCGGCUCUCUUGUUGUCCAGAGUCGCUCUGUAGGCACUUCAUGCUUCUGUGUAUUUCUAGGCAAAUUUAGACUUGCAGAGAUAAGAUCACACACACACACACACACACACACACACACACACACACUAUCGAGGCGCCUCAUCAUUUUACUUCAUCGCAGCUUGUUUAGCAAAAUCUCUCCGGAACGAACGAUAACGUUUACAAGACAUUUGACUUGGAGAAAAAAAGAAAAGAAAAAAAAAAAAGUUGUUUAUUUGUGGACCCGAUACCUAAAGCAGCAGCAGCGUUAUGUAACAUGAGUUUAACACUUUGUUCGUUAUGCAAGUAAUCGUGAAUGAUCCUCCAUACGGUCGUGGUGAACAUCUGUGGAAUGCAUUGUGAAAUGUAAAACAAGCACCAAUAAAGCUUCUAGAAGAA